AUGCUCGAUCCGGAUGACUUGAGUCCUGGGGAAAUAGUGUUUUCGGCUGACGAUACUGCUGGAGAAAGAUCGUUUUUGGCCGAGUUCUUUGGCAAGAAACAGUCACUUUCUAUCGGAACCAACUCAGCAAGGAUCUCUGCUGAGUUGACCCAACUUUCCAUGAAAUCAGCUUUCUCCACAACUAAUUUGAUCUUAUCAGUAGAUUAA